GAGGAGACACUUUAGCAUGAUGUAAUGCACCCUAGGAUUGGUGCGUUCAGGGGACGUUUGAAAAAAAUCGAAUCUGAAACUGACUUCAGCCUCGCUCCUCUCAGAUUCUUAUGUCAUCCAUUAUAAGCUACCGGUCACCUGGAUCAUCUGAAGGCGGAAAUACAAAAGUUGAACGGGACAGCUAAGUUAGCUAGCUAAGCUAACGCGUCAAGGGUCUUUGGAAACCAGUCGACAAAAUGCUAGCUCGUAUGCUAUUUAACCUCCUCAACAACCUCCAUGUAGUUGAGAAGCUGGCAGAGUCUCGUCCGAUUCGCAGGGCGGCCCAGAUCACAGCCUACGCCAUCACCAAGGCUCAGAUAGCCGGCCGGGACGCUUCAGAGCGGGUCCUGAGGUCACAGACGCUGCGGCAGGUCCGGGACGAGGCCGGCAGAGUCCCCGGGGACAUGGGAGAGGUGGGCAGUCGCCUCAGGAAGGUCGGAGAGACAUUUGUGAAUGAAGUGAAGGAGGGAUGGAAAGACGGCUCCAGGCAGAUCAAGAAGUAAAGAGGACAGACUGGCUGUGAAGAGACUGAGAAGCCACUGAUAACUUCUGUGACUGGUUAUUGAUAGCCGACAAGUUUUCAUGUUUCUAUGUAACCAUCAGUGACUGAAGGAGGUCAAAGGAGAGCUGAUGUAUAAACAAUCUGCCUCAGAAACACUACAGCAGACUAAUGGUUAUCUGCAGCCAUCACAAAGUGGCUUCAUGCUGGACAGUGGUCAUUUCACAAUCAGAAAUGGUGGUUGUUAAUAAUGCGAAGAGGUCCACACCGACCUGCAAUUUAUGGCCAGAUAUUUUAUGUUAAACUAAAUAAAUGCACUGUAUUCACAUCUCUGCA